AUUUCUUUGCGUUUGUGACCGUGAUUGAAAUGCGGCUUCGUGCGAUCCCAUGACCUCAAAGUGAACGUUUGCUGUCUUAUCUUGCCAUGUCCGCUCAUUCACGUAACAAGGAUGGACGAUGCCGGCGAGAAACGGAGACGCGACAAUUCCGCCGCGAUGGUCGGCCCGAGCUGGAUGGCCGUCCCUCGCGCCGCCACCAUUCAUCUUCGCUGCAUUUACGAGCCCAAAGCGCAAGCCCCCAAGGUGCCGGUUUUGAUCCGUCCUCCGGGCCCGAGACCUCCAUCGCUACAGCGGGACUCAAAUGUCAGCGUGACCGCCGAUCCGCCGACCAAGACUAUCAUGAGGAGACGAGCUCGGUCUCUUCCGUCACCGGCGGAACGGAGGCGGGAGCUCAGGAGCCAGCAGGUUCGCUUUGUGGACUCCCUGGGCCUGGAUUUAGAGGAGGUGAAAGUGUUUAAAGUUCAAGAGCGACCCCUGAUACCCCAACAUGUCAUGUUCCGACUACUGAUGAGCUCCGAGAGGGCCUUCGGGAAAUCUCUGGAGCUGUCGCUGCCUCACUUUAAACCCUGUUUCCCGGAGAACUUGGGCGCUCGAGCCGACUUCCUGCCGCGUGUGCGCGCGCAAGGCGUGUGUCUGGAGCACGUCGUGUGCUCCGAGCUGGGGAUUGCGGGCACCAUACAAGUCCUUAAUUUAGACUAUGAGAAAAAGGUCACAGUGCACUACUCUUUUACCAACUGGAGAACAUCCACGGACACGGCGGCCUCCUGGGUCUCAAGUGGGGCGGAAGGGGAACGCGAUUCUCCGGGGACCGACGUCUUCCGAUUCCGUCUGCCGGUGCCGCCUUUCAUUUUGCUGCCAGGAGCUUUACUGGAAUUCGCCAUCUGCUAUCAUGUCAAAGGCUCAAAUUAUUGGGACAACAACAAUGGCUGCAAUUACAAACUGACUUGUCAUAGUUACAAGGUGACCGUUCCAAGGGAAUGCGAGGACAGUAUGCUGCAUUUUACCUGAGCGACCACACGAGGGAGCUAUUGCACAUGUAUGGGAACGCGGCUGUUGGCAGUUUCACGAUUCUGUGAGACGUUUACUGUACAUCGACUCAAAUACUCGACUACUGUGGCGAGAGGCUGCCUUUUGACUAAACACAUUUCCAUUUGAGGCUGUUCAAUAGAUCAUAUUAUUCUCUGUACAGCUUUUCCAAUUAGCCUAGGCGCAGCAUGAGAAGAAGUUAGCUGAGGGUGGACGUGUGAUGUGAUUUUUUUUGGGCGUCACUUAAAGUUGGAUAAAAAACUGCCGAGAAUCACCAUCCAUGCAGGGCGACAACUGCGACUCGGGAUAUUCCCUUUGCACUCACAAGAGCAUCCCUUUGUGUCGUAGCCCUCCGCAGGUUUCUGGCUAUUGCAAGGUAGAAGACACCUCACCACCUGCCACAGUGGACACUUGUGCUAUUCAUGACUCCACAGAGCGAGCCGUUACAGUGACUGUACAGCAGAAAUUUAACCCGAGCGGCCAUCUGUCAAAUUCGAUUGCCAGGAGAACACUGUGAAUCACACAAGACGUGUGUGCUGAUGUCAAAAAUGAAGCAUAAACUGCACAACCAAUGGAAAUGUUGCCAUACGGGAUGGCCCGUUAUAUCGACGUACUAUUUUUGCUUUUUUUCGUGGCCUACAAACACACAGUACAAAAUUAUUGUUCUGUAAUUUUUUUUGUAGCAUAAAAAAAAGCUUGAAACUGAAAAGUUUGAACGUUGAUCCAAACGUACCUUGUUGGUGCUUGGGGGGAGGACAACAGCGUGUAUCUCGGCCCCCGUUAGCCAUUUUUUUUUAAACUUCCAUUAGAUACCAUAAGAAGGGCUUGGCAAAAAAAAUAAAAAUAACCACAACUGUGAACUAUAACAAAAAUAGCAUGUUUGGGAGGCAUAUUCAGAACUAGCAUCUCAUUAAAAAACGGACAUAGAUCGGAAAAGGUAAAAAUGACUUUUGAGCUUUUUUUUUUAACCUCCAUUAGAUACCAUAAGAAGGGCUUGGCAAAAAAAAAAUAACAAUAAUUCAACUGUGAACUAUAACAAAAAUAGCAUGUUUGGGAGGCCUAUUCAGAACUAGCAUCUCAUUAAAAAACGGACCUAGAUCGGAAAACGGUAAAAAUGACACACUUUUGAGCUGUGAGCUUCCAGCGAUGCGAAGCUCAUGUUGAUGCUUUCUAUUACGUUUGAAGAAUACUGACGCCUGCUUUUAGUCUACUCGAAGAGUGUUUCUCUGUAAGAGAACAGCGCAAGACCGGAAACAUGUCACCAGUCUCAAUUUGUUGAUGGCAACAUCAAUAAAGGUUUUUUAAAAAAAGGAAAAAAACAGAGCGCCAUUGACUGGCCCUGUGCUAAAUUGUGGCUAAUUGUGCAACACUUUUAAAGGUACUAUACAAAGGGGAGGGCGGCCCGGUACCGGGUUCGAUUCCAGCUCCGGCCUCCCUGUGUGGAGUUUGCAUGUUCUCCCCGGGCCUGCGUGGGUUUUCUCCGGGUGCUCCGGUUUCCUCCCACAUUCCAAAAACAUGCGUGGCAGGCUGAUUGAACACUCUAAAUUGUCCCUAGGUGUGAGUGUGAGUGCGAAUGGUUGUUCGUCUCUGUGUGCCCUGCGAUUGGCUGGCAACCGAUUCAGGGUGUCCCCCGUCUACUGCCCGGAGACAGCUGGGAUAGGCUCCAGCACCCCCCGCGACCCUAGUGAGGAUCAAGCAGUUCGGAAAAUGAAUAAUAAUAAUGAAUGAAUGAAUGAAUAUACAAAGGGGCAUUUUGACUGUACCAGAAACUAUUUUCUGCUCUACUUUUGCAGUGACGGGUUGUAUUCCAUUCCAAAUUUUCUGCAGGCAUGUGCACCUCUGGCUAUUA